AUGAAGGUCUUUUCUAGCGAUUGCAAAUUCGAUUACUCAUGGGAAGAAGUUUCAACCGCAAACUGGAGAAAGUAUUGUCCAUGGAAUCAUAAAUCUACUCACGUUAUCGCCGUCGAUACAUUAUCACGACAUGUUGAUGCUGAAACUGGAAUUUUACGAACCGAACGUUUAAUUACUUGCCAACAAUCGGCUCCAAAAUGGCUUCAAUCUCUCAUGGGCGGUAAAGAUACAUCCCACGUCUUCGAAACCUCAUACGUCGAUCCUGUUUCCAAAAAAGUCACAAUGACCUCUACCAAUCUUACAUUCUCCAAUAUCAUCAAUGUGCAAGAAACCGUUGUCUAUCAACCUUUAUCGGCAAACACAACCCAAUUUGUACAAACGGCACAGAUUACUGCAUUAUGUGGUGGAUGGCAAAAAGUGAAGAAUGCAGUUGAGGAUGCGACAGUCACGGCUUUUUCGGAAAAUGCACGUAAAGGAAAGGAGGGAUUCGAAGCAGUUUUGGCAAUGAGCAGGAGGGUUUUCAGUGAGGAGAAAAUGAGACAGCAACAAGCGACCACUGUUACUGCAUAA